UGUCCGACAAUGUUUGAGAAAAACCUGUACAGGUUCUCUGGGUUACUGCUACUGAAAAUCCAAUACAGAUACCAUUAAAAAAAUAACAAAUAUAUAUCAUUCUGAUUUUCGUUGCUUUGUAAUAAUUAUAAGCACGACCUUUGUCGCUAAGGAUGGCUUCUGGUUUCAAACAUCAACUUUCUUUACUUUCAGCUUGAUUAUUUGAGUGCAAUCUGCAGUAAAAUAUUUAUUAGCCGAAAUAGAUCGAUCCUUUUGUUCCUGAAUAGUUUUGGCAAGAAUUCAAGUCUGCCCUUAAUCAGCUGUGACAAUCGUCGAAAGACUCGUCGAACGUAGUGAGAGUACGUCACCCUUGAACAAGAAACAGCAUUAUGCUCCAUACUGUUUACUGGAAGGAAAUGAUUCCUACGAUCCUGUUGGCGCUCCUUUUAGUCUGUAAAGAAAUCACGGAAGCAAAAGACCCUCUCCAGUGCUACUCAUGUAGCGGCACCUCGCAAUCCUGCCAGAACGCGUAUGACUACCUGGUAACCACGUGCGACGCAUGGUCGACGACGUGCGUGACGAUUCGACACUCGAACCAACCGCUGGACAAGAAAAAGCACGGCGUCGAUAGCGUAUAUUAUUUCCGUGGCUGCGCUCGCGGCUACUUCAGCCGCAUUUCACUCGAUGCCACCAGACGAUCAAGACGCAUUGUGGAAGCGGAAGUCUUAAUGUGUGACACACCAAAGUGCAACGGGAAGAGCAACGUGACCUUUGUUCCCAUAACCGUGCCCAGUUCAACCGCGAGCACAACAACGGGGACCACCACGGCGCCUUGCAGAUAACGAUAGACGAACCUAAUUCACCGUUGUCCAUAACGCUAAUACGUUCACUAAUUACUAUGCCCAUUGUCCAGUAAGAUGCUCAUUCAUAAUAUCGUCAUACGUUUAAAAGAGAUUUGGCGCUUGAUAGGAGAUAAAGCAAGGAUACCUAUCGGUUUUGUGGAUACAUGACAUUUUCU